GACAAUGUUUCAAAGCGCAAUUUUCAUUAUCUUCCUAAUGCAGAGUGCAUUAGGAAGAUAAUGAAAAAAAAUAUUUGAAGGUAAGUAAGUAUACAUUUGUAGUGUAGUAAUGAACAACAAUUUCUAGUGUAGUAAUUAACUCAUAGUAUGACAAUCACAUGUCGACGCCGUGCCCAUUUGACGUUAGCUCCAAAACACGGUUUUGGACCAUAACAUAAUAAACUACUUACACAAGUUUAGUUUCAUUCUUUAUCAAUUAAAUCGUCAAGUGAAUAAAUGCACCAACCUAUUCAAUUCACCAAAAAUCAUUGCUGAUCCUGUAUUAUCCUUAAAUUAUGGACGUAGACGUUUAUUUGUAAUCAGUAUAAUCUGAAUAUCUUAUCUCGGAGAUACGUCAUACUCAAUCAAUGCCAAGAGCUAAGCGCUCACUCAGUCGUGGUAAUCGGCUAACGCUGCUUCAUAUUAUGUGAAAAAAAAAAACAACAUACAAGUUAUGAGUGGCGAGGAUUUUCCGCUAGUCGCUCUAGCUGAAGCAACCAUAGACUACGUUCAAGAGUUUCCAGCAUCGGAAGAAACUUCUAACACACCACAAAAUAAUAAUAUAAAACAUGAGGAAAAAACAUCUUUGUUCCGAAGACUACCGAGCUUUCAAACAGGGUUGAGGCCGAAUUUCAGAAAAUUACAAAGAGGCAUUCGGAAAAUGAACUGCUUUCGAAAUUAUGAAGAGGAUGAGGAUUAUACGCCCAUGAUGGAAGUCCCGAGACACAAAAGCAUUGAUAUUGGUGUGGGAUUGGCGCGAAGAGUAUCUCUAUUCAUCUUCACAAGGAAGACUGUGUCAACACAUCCAUAUCAUCCGUACACACCUAGUCAGACGACCAGAAAACUACAUUGGUUUACAGAGGAAAAACAUUAGUAUAUCGUGAUAACGCCAAGGAGUUUUAUCGAACUAGGAAAUCCAUUCGGAUUCUCGGAAUGGUUUUCGAGUGUUUAAAUAAGAGAAGUCAUGAAUAAAUCUACAUGUGAAGACGAAUUAGUUAUCUGCUGACCGGGACUGAACUAAUAUUUUCGUUCGACGGGAUGUGAGGCAUCAAACUGUGGUACGAUUGUGCACUAAAUAAUUUGGGUGAUUUAUGGGUAUUUAUGGCACAGAACAUGGUGUAAAAAUAAAAAAAUGAUAAAGCAUUUACAAUUAUUUAAACCCUUCGAAUUCGUGUUUAAUGCAUACUUUGCUUUGAAACCAGAAAAACAGACAUUGUUAUGUUUCCGGAAAAGAGCCGGUCAUUUUCUUCCAGAACCACUAGCCACCAAUUUAAAGAAGUCAUAUAAAAAAAUACUAGCUGCGCCCCAGGGUAUCGCUCCCGUGAGAAUUUCGGGAUAAUGUGUUAAUCCAGGUUAUAUCUAUUAUACCCGUACUAAAUUUCAUUACAUUAGUAGGACAAAUCACCGCUAGGAAUUGUAUUUCCCAAAUAGCAAAUAAGUAUUGAUGUUUCUCGGAAUCUUCCACAGCCCAGAAGCCAGAGCCCAGGGUACUAAGUUAUUGUCUAAGGUAGUAUAGCCACAACUUGCUUGUAUCAUAAAAAUAUCUUUUAAGAUUUAUACGAAAGGGUCCCAGAUUAUCUUUUUUUUAUAUUAGGACAAAUCACACAGAUUGAGCUAGCCCCAAAGUAAGUUCGAGACUUGUGUUAUGGAUACUAACUCAACGAUACUAUAUUUUGUAACAAAUACAUAUAUAGAUAAAUCAAAACAUCCAAAACCCCGGGUAAAUCAGAAAAAGAUAAUUUUCCAUCAUGGCCCGGGAUAGGACCCGGGACCACCACUGCGCCACCGAAGUAUCUACUACGUAUAUUACCACAUUUUAACUGAUGAAACGUUUUGAGUCUAAAAGCAAACAAAAAUAAAAUUGUUCUUUAUCAAAACCUUAUAAAAUCUCGCACUGUUUUAUAAUUGGCGAGUAUCAACUGGUUUUGGAGAUAAUUUUGGUCAUAUUGUAAGUUCAUCCAAUGUAUAAAAACAUGUGGCAAUCCUUGACACAGAUGUACUCGUAUUGGGCAAGCCUGUUCAGUUUCAAGUUUCAAGUGAUCUUACACGAGAACAAGCAGUAAAAUGAGAGUAAUACUAAUUUCCGUCAUAGUAGUCACGUUUUCAAUACAGCACAUCGUUACAAAGAAUUUUACGAGGUGCGGUUUGGCUAAAGAGUUGCUGCGCCAAGGUUUUCCUGAAAGCCAACUAAAAAUCUGGGUAUGUCUAGUGGAGGCUGAGAGCUCUAGGCGGACUGGUGUGGUUGGGGGGCCUGAUGACGACGGCUCCUACGACUACGGCCUCUUCCAGAUCAAUGACCGAUACUGGUGCAACUCCGGCGCAACCCCUGGCAAAGGUUGUGACGUGAGGUGCAAAGACCUCCUGAGUGACGACAUCACUGUCGCAUCGGUGUGUGCUAAAAAAAUCUAUAGACAACAAGGGUUCCCCGCGUGGCUCGGCUGGAAGAACGAAUGCCAUGGCCGCGCCUUGCCCAGCCUCGAUACAUGUAUGGGAUAUAGAUAACCUGGGACUUUAGUGGUAUCCGAAUAGUGUUUAAAACAUUGUUUUUCAUUCCUGUUACUAAAGUGGUAUGUAUAUGUACAGAAAUAAACUGAACAAUUGUAACAUGUUUUCAUAAGUGUGAAUUUAUACUACAGGCAAUAAGGUCGACAUUCGAAUAUCUAUGUCUAUUUGUAUACGUAAUUCGUGUGUGCGUACGUAACAUAGAAAAAUGAGAAAAACCGGUUCAAACUAUUCUGUUUCAUAAGUGUUAGGAGCAAAGCCGGUUUAAAACACCCUUAUAAGUGUUAUAGAAUAAUUAUGUAUAAUAAAUAAUUAUGUAACGGAUGUGACGUGUUACACUUAUUAUAGUGUUUUUGGGUCCUUGAUAAAAACAAUCGAACAUGCUGAACCUCGGUACAGCGGGACAAAACAAUCGCUAAAAUAUUGUGACAAAUCAUAGUAUAUUUUGUUUCAAUCAAUUAUAAUGUCUCCAAAUCAAAUACAGAUAAAAUUAAAUAUUUGUGUUCAUGAUAAAA